AUGACGGGCGCCACCGGCACCGUGCUCGGCAUCAAGCUGCUCAUCGCCCUGCGCCGCCUCAACGUCGAGACGCACCUCGUCAUCUCCAAGUGGGCCGAGCAGACGCUCAAGUACGAGACCGACUACCACCCGUCCAACGUGCGCGCGCUGGCCGACCACGUCUACAACAUCAACGACAUGGCCGCCGCCAUCUCCAGCGGCUCGUUCCGCGUCGACGGCAUGAUCGUCGUGCCCUGCAGCAUGAAGACGCUGGCCAGCAUCUCGACGGGCCUGUGCGACGACCUCAUCUCGCGCGCCGCCGACGUGAUGCUCAAGGAGCGCCGCCGCCUGGUGCUGGUGGCGCGCGAGACGCCGCUGAGCGAGAUUCACCUGCGCAACAUGCUGGACGUGACGCGCGCCGGUGCCAUCGUCUUCCCGCCGGUGCCUGCGUAUUACAUCCGGCCGGCGUCGGUGGACGACUUGGUGAACCAGAGCGUGGGGCGGAUGCUGGACCUAAUGCAUGUACAAAAGUAA